UAUUUGUUGUAAUAAUGUUUUUGAACAUUAAGAUUCCAUUAUACCUCAUUAAAAGCACCUCCAAAGUAAGCUAGUGAUUAAGCUUCUUGAGUUAGCUAUUAAGUUUCUGCCGUUUAAAAAAAAAAAGAAAAAGAGAAGCUAUUAAGCUUCUGAUCAGUUCAUGUAUGAUGUAUUGGUACCUCAUAAAGAUUCUACCUUUAUGAGAUUUUUCAUAUAAUUCUUGAAUUGUAAAGGUGUUUACUCAAUUGGGUAUUUGUAACAAUAAUGUCUUUGAAUUCUAAGAUUUCUGAGUCAAAUGGUAUAUUGUUGACCAGGUCAAAGAUGAGAAAGGCUAAAGAGCCUGUUAUAGGGUCUAAUUAUCGCUGGAUAUGGAAAAGAUUGUACCUUCUUUUGUGGGUUUUUGUUAUUGUUUUCGGGUUUGGUUUGUUUUUGUUCAAUGGUGUUUUUAUUAAGAAAUUCGAGGUCGUAGGAUCAUUAGAUGAUAAAUCUUUAGUUUUGGUUGAACGGUUUAAUGUCAGCAAGGACCUUCUUCAUGAGCUUAAUUCUUCAUUCGUUGAAUCAGAUCAGAUAACGUCGUUGAAAUGUACCAAACAGUUGGGAGAUGACAUGUCAACAAAACGCAAAUUUACUUGUGCUGUCAAAAUGCUGAAUAAUGCACAAAAUGUGGAAUUGUGGGGUCAAUGCCCUAUCCAUGAUGAUAAAGCAGUGCAGACAAUGCUACCUGGAGAAUUUGAAAGAGUGCAUGAUAACAGUAUUAUAAAGCCAUGCGUGUGGGGACUUUUUGUAAUUGCAUUGUGUACCCUGAUUCCUUGUGUGUGGAAGAACCGUAAAGGCAGGAUGAAGAAGAAAGAGCAUGCACAAAGCUCCUCAAGGGGAGCUGGGAAGUGGAUGAAGACACUUCUAGUUCUAUUUGUGUUAGUUGGAGUUACUGUAUCAAUUUGUUUAUUUUGGUACUUAUAUGAUGGUAUUCAGAUUAAAAGAAGAGAAACUCUAGCAAACAUGUGUGAUGAACGGGCACGAAUGUUGCAAGAUCAAUUCAAUGUAAGCAUGAACCAUGUUCAUGCCCUUGCUAUUCUUGUGUCCACCUUCUAUCAUGGGAAACAACCUCCAGCCAUGGAUCAAAAAACUUUUGGGGAAUACACCGAAAGAACGGCUUUUGAGAGGCCACUAACUAGUGGUGUUGCAUAUGCUUUGAGAGUGCGCCAUUCUGAUAGGGAAAAAUUUGAGAAAGAACAUGGAUGGACUAUAAAGAAGAUGGAAACCGAAGACCAGGAUCAGACUUUGGCACAAGAUUGUGACCCUGAUAAUCUUGAUCCGUCACCAAUUCAAGAUGAAUAUGCUCCGGUUAUUUUAUCUCAAGAAACCGUUUCUCAUAUCGUCUCUAUUGAUAUGAUGUCCGGAAAGGAAGACCGUGAAAACAUUUUGCGAGCAAGGGCAUCUGGAAAAGGAGUCUUGACAUCUCCUUUUAUGCUUCUAAAAUCAAACCAUUUAGGGGUUGUACUUACCUUUGCUGUUUAUAAUGGUCAUCUUCAUCGAAAUGCUACACCAGAACAGCGAAUUAAGGCCACUGUGGGGUAUCUUGGUGCAUCUUACGAUGUCCCUUCAUUGGUUGAGAAGCUUCUACACCAACUAGCAAGCAAACAAACAAUUGUUGUGAAUGUUUAUGACACAACAAAUGCUUCUGCAGCUAUUAAUAUGUAUGGUCCUGAUGAGAUUGAUACAGGUCUACUUCAUAUCAGUAGCCUUGACUUUGGUGAUCCUGCUAGGAAGCAUGAAAUGCGUUGCAGGUUUAAGCAUAGACCUUCUCUGCCUUGGACAGCAAUUUCAGCAUCGGGUGGGUUGCUUACAAUCACUUUCCUUCUUGGUCAAAUCUUCUAUGCAGCUAUAAACCGGAUUGCAACAGUAGAACAAGAUUGUCGUAAGAUGAGGGAGCUCAAGCAUCGUGCAGAAGCUGCAGAUAUAGCAAAAUCUCAGUUUCUUGCAACGGUUUCCCAUGAAAUUAGGACCCCAAUGAAUGGUGUUUUAGGUAUGCUGCAGAUGCUUAUGGACACAAAUCUUGACGCGAAGCAAUUGGAUUUUGCCCAGACUGCUCAUGCUAGUGGAAAAGAUUUGAUUAAGUUGAUUAAUGAGGUACUUGAUCAGGCCAAAAUUGAAUCUGGAAGGCUUGAACUUGAAGCUGUCCCUUUUGAGUUGCGCACCAUUCUUGAUAAUGUUUUAUCACUGUUUCUAACCAAAUCCCAAGAGAAGGGAAUUGAGUUGGCAGUUUAUGUUUCUAAUCAACUUCCUGAAGUCGUUGUUGGAGACCCAGGACGUUUCAGGCAAAUAAUCACAAAUCUGGUCGCAAAUUCACUUAAAUUCACAAAUGAUAGAGGACACAUAUUUGUGUCAGUGCAUCUAGCAGAUGAAGUGUCACGUGUAUCUUACUUGAAGGACGACAUACUAAGACAACUCUUGACCUCUGGUCACGGGUCAAAUUCAAGUGUAAUGAGUAAUACUUUGAGUGGGCUUCCUGUUGUCGAUAGAAAGAGGAGUUUGGAAAACUUUGAAAAGUUGGGAGGCAGAGAUAUGAUUGGUGAAUCUGAAAAGAUCAAAGUACUGGUGACUGUUGAAGAUACGGGCGUGGGAAUCCCAAAAGAAGCGCAAAGCCGUAUAUUUAUGCCGUUUAUGCAGGCUGACAGCUCAACGUCAAGAACUUAUGGUGGGACUGGAAUCGGACUGAGCAUCUGUAAACGAUUGGUAGGGCUUAUGAAUGGUGAGAUCGGUUUCGUCAGCGAGCCUGGUACUGGAAGUACUUUCUCAUUUACAGCUGUUUUCAAGAAAAGGGAAACAAGCUCUCUUGAUACUGUUAUGCAGCAGUUUUAUCCUACAAUAUCAGAGUUUCGGGGACUAAAAGCAUUAGUCAUUGAUUGGAAAAACAUAAGAGCGGAAGUCACAAGAUACCAUCUUCAAAGAUUGGGAAUAUCUGUCGAGAUCGCAUCUAGUUUUGAAUUUGCACAAGCUUACUCAGCAAGUGACUCGGCUGGUUUUGCAAUGAUUCUUAUUGACCAAGAAGUUUGGGACAAGGAGAGUGGCCUUGCAUUUCUUAGUGGUCUCAAAAGUAGCAAGAAACUAUUUCUAUUGGCUAACACUGCAAGCCCUACUACUAUACAUCACGAGGUGAAAUUGGGUAACUUGGCAGCUACCAUAGUGCCUAAGCCUCUACGGUUAAGCGUCUUGAUCUCUUGCUUUCAAGAAAAGCUUAAUGUGGGAGAUAAGAGAGUUGUAGCAAGAAGAAAACCAACUCUUGGGACUUUACUACGUGAUAAAAAAAUAUUGGUGGUUGAUGAUAAUGUUGUCAAUAGACGGGUGGCAGAAGGUGCUUUGAAGAAGUAUGGAGCUUUAGUCACCUGUGUAGAUAGCGGGAAGACUGCAUUAGAGAGACUUAAACCGCCUCACUCAUUUCAUGCAUGUUUCAUGGAUCUCCAAAUGCCCGAAAUGGAUGGGUUUGAAGCUACAAGACAAAUUCGCAAGGUAGAAAGCAAGGUUAAUGAACAAAUUGAAUCUGGCGAAAUUUCGAUUGAAAUGUUUGGAAAUGUGGGUCAUUGGCACACACCUAUUUUAGCAAUGACUGCAGAUGUGAUUCAGGCUACAGAUGAAGAAUGCAUAAAAUGUGGGAUGGAUGGGUAUGUGUCAAAGCCAUUUGAGGAAGAACAACUGUACUCGGCUGCAGCUUCCUUUUUUGAGUCUGGUUGAUGGUUCACAUGGUCCAGCAUAGCGGGCUGCACCAAUUCACCUAGUCUACACGUAGUUAUGCCUUGAUUAACAGUUUGGUUCUGUGGCUCUCAGUUGGUUCUCCUCAGGACCGGCACCAUGACCAUUCAUUAAGCUGAAAUUCGUUUUUUUAGUCUCAUGGUCCAGUCCAGCAUAGUUGGUUACAUCGGCUGACCUAGCUAACCGACUGUCUUAAUAGUCUGGUUAACCACCUUGCCAUGAACGUAGCAUCAUUCAAGGGGUUGUUCCUUCCAUGGUAACUUGUUUACCUUAAUCUACUUUUUCCAUCAGGGAAGGGCCUGGGAUCCACGCAUGUGUCUUCGUUUACUGCCUCAUUGUGGCUAAGAAAUACGGCAUCGGUAUACUCCUCAUGGGCUCAUGUAUCUUUCCUUGUUCGGUUGACCAAGAAAUCAACAUAGAAUCAGUGUUUGUUUGAAGAGAAGACGAGAAAAGACCAACAUUAAACCUAGUAACCUAAAUAUGUAUGUAUAGCCUACUAUUUUUUUAUUGUACAAAAUCCAAUAUAGGUUGUUUGUAAGUGUGUAACGGUCGCUAGCUCAUGUUAGAUUGUUAUUAGUUGCAUUUGUUGCAUUUUUUGCGGUAUAGGGUUUGAAAGACAUGUGGAGGGUGAGAGUUGUGUGCACUAGGAUUUGUAGUUGUACAGUAUUCUUUACAGAUGUAUGUACCUUCAUGAAUGUAUGUAGUAAUUUUUUUGUA